GAUUAAAACAAAGUGUGAAGAAAGUUACAAAUUAUCACCCGAUUGGAUCACACACUCCCUCACACACACACACUCCGUUGGGUUGAAUAAUCCAUCCAGGUGGAGGAAAUGGCUGGACAAGAUGAGUCUCAAAAGAAAUCAAGUGAAAUUGAGUUACCGACCUUCAAUGCUGAGAAUUUGCAAAGUAACAUGAAGGUGGUAUACUACAGUCGGACAUUCAUGUCUAUCAUUGGCGGAGUGAUUGCUGGAAUAUUUGGAUUCACUGGCCUCAUGGGGUUUGUCUUUUAUUUACUUGUCAUGGCUAUUACCUCAGUCUGUCUAACAGCCAAGGCAGGUUUCACGAUCCAUUCAUACUUUGAUACCUGGAAUAGGGUUUUGCUGGACGGAUUUCUAGGCGGGCUUUUGUCAUUCGUGCUGUUCUGGACAUUCGCUUAUGAUAUUGUGCAUAUUUUCUAAACGAUCUCACGUUAUUCGGGUUCUACUUUCUGGAGCCAUUGCUGAUUUUCUAGAAAAAAGAGGGGUUCAGAAGAUGGCUGGUGCUGAGAUUUAAGGUUUUGAUAUCUUGCAGCUUCAGCUGUUAUGUCCUGGAGCCUUUCAUGAAGCUUCAUAUAUGUUUUUUAUAGGACCAAUCUUUGAAUUUUUUAAGAGAGUAUGCUUAUAAGAAUUUUAGCCUUUUUUGUAUAACUGACAUUUUGCUAUGCAAUGUGUGAAUCGCUAGCUAUGCUUCUAGUGUAAUUUGAAAUAUGGUAAUCGUAACAAUAUCAUUCUUUCCUUUGGAGUUAA